CCAGACUCACAGCAAAAGCACAGAACGAGCAUCUGCUUUCUCGAUCAAAGAUAGCGUUUGGAUCGCAAAGAAUGGUGCUGGGAGAUGCUCAAGAAGCAUACCAUCUGGAAGACGAAGAAGCCCACCAUCGCCACAACCAGGAAAAAUGCCUGCUCUUCUUCUUCAUCGUCCCGGAAGCACGAUCCACUCGACAGCCUCGAGAGGGAGAUCCAAUCCGACUCCUUCGCCGCCGCGAUUCGCAGCUGCAAGGAUUCCAACUCAGUCUCGAUCAUCCACCAAAAGAUCACUCGAGCGGGCCUGGGAAGCAGCGCCUACCUCAACAAUCUCCUCGUCCUCAUGCUCGCCAAGCACGGCAGCCUUUGUGAAGCUCGAUCCAUCUUCGACGCCAUCCAGCACAAGAACAUCUUCUCCUGGAACAUCAUCAUCUCGGCCUAUGCCCACCGCGGCCACCCCUCCACAGCUCUCCACCUCUUCGCAAAGAUGGACGUUCCUCCCACGGCCAUGACCUUCGCAACCGCCCUCUCGGCCUGUUCUUCGCUGGGAGAUCUCCAGAGAGGCCGGGAGAUCCAUGCCAGGAUCAAAGCCAGCCGUGGGAUCCGCCCCUCGGUCAUUCUCGACACCGCCAUCUUCAGCAUGUACGCGAAGUGUGGCGACCUCUCCACUGCAAAGUCGGUCUUUGAUCGCAUCCCGGCCAAGAACGUCGUCUCCUGGAACGCUCUCAUAGCCGCGUAUGCCCAGAGCGGGCACAGCCACCACCAAGCUCUCGAUCUCUUCGAAAAGAUGGCGGAGCACGGCGUCCGUCCCUGCCGAGCGACCUUCGUUGGAGUUCUCGGAGCUUGCAACGAUGUCACUUCUCUGGAGAAGAUCCAUGCCAGGAUCGUGGAGACGGGACUCCAGUUCGAUGUCGUGGUGGCGACUUGCCUGCUCAACGCGUACGCCAAGCUCGGACUUUUGCUGGCCGCGAGAAGAGUCUUCGACCGGAUCGAUGGCAAGAGCCUGGUGUCGUGGAACUCGAUGAUCACGGCUUACGUCCAGCGCGAGCAAAACCGAGAGGCGAUCUACCUCUUCCGCCUGAUGGCUGUCGAUGGUGUUCUUCCCGAUCACAUAACUUUCGUCGCAGCUUUAAGUUCUUGCAGCAGCCUCGAGGACGGGAGGAUCAUCCACUCGGACUCGUUGUCUUUCAUGUCUCCCUCGAUCGACAACGAUGCUCGACGCUCGCGUGUCCUUGUGGAUACUGCCGCUAUCAAGAUGUAUGCGAGGUACCGCCGGCUGGACGAAGCGAGGAGAGUGUUCGAGAGCAUGGAAAGCCGCGACGUUGUUGCCUGGAACGCGAUGAUCGGUGCCUGCUCGCAGCUGGGCGAGUUGCAGCUGGCGAUGGAGUUCUUCGGAAGUAUGAGCUCUGAUGCCGAUAAGACGACUUUCACGAUCAUUCUCAGCGCCUGUUCCACGUCGGGAGCUCUGGCAGCGGGCCGGGAGAUCCACGAGAAGUUCAUCGCUCUCACCGAGUACGAGAGAGACGUCGGUGUCCAAAACGCGCUGCUCAACAUGUAUGCCAAGUGCGGGAGCCUCGAAGUCGCCAGAGAUAUCUUCCGGAAGAUGCAGAGGCGAGACCAAGUCUCGAUGAACGUGAUGAUUGCGACCUUCGCACAGCAGGGACUUGGCAAAGAGUCCAUCCAAGUCUUCCGGGAGAUGGACCUGGAGGGACUGCCGCAGGACGACACCACCUUUGCGAGCGUUAUCACUGCCUGUUCCUGCUGUGGUGCUCUCGAGUUCGGCAAGAGAAUCCACAAGAGAGUCGUGGAGCCUGUUCUUGGAAGAAAGUGUUGCCUGCCAAACGUUGUCGUGGAGACCGCGCUCGUGAGCAUGUAUGGCAAGUGUGGAACUCUGGAGCAAGCCAAGGCCGUCUUCAAAGCCAUGACGACGAAAAACUCCGUUUCCUGGAAUGCGAUGCUCGCAGCCUGUGCUCACCAGGGCCAGGGAGACGAGGCAGCAGCAUUUCUGAGAGCAGCAGCUUGUGAAGGAGUGGAGCUCGACUCCGCCAGCUUCAUCUCCGUUCUCAUCGCCUGCAGCCACUCGGGAAUGCUUGAAGUAGCUUACGAUCACUUCCAGUUGAUGCUGUCUGACUUCGACUUAGUUCCAGCUGCUGAGAAUUAUCGCUGUAUGGUGGACCUGCUGGCUCGAUCUGGAAGGCUUGGAGAUGCAGACGAGCUCAUGAACAGCAUGCCGUUUUCGCCGGAUGCAAUUGCUUGGAGAACGUUGCUUGGAGGCUGCCGGGUCCAGGGAAGUUUGGAGAAUGCUGCGUCUGCCGCCGAGCAGGCAUUCAAUCUGGAGCCUCAAAAUACUGCUCCAUACACGCUUCUCUCGAGUUUGUAUUCGGCAACUGGAAAGAAGGACGAGUUAGUUGAACUGAGAAGCAGCAUGAAAGAGAGAGGUCUAAGGAAGCUGGUACCUGGAAGGAGUGUCAUCGAGGUCCACGGCAGAGUUCACGAGUUCGUAGCGGGAGACUCCAGCCAUCCUCAGAUCGACAAAAUUCUCAGAGAACUCGACAUCUUGAACGUCGAGCUAAAGCAAGCUGGAUUCGUUCCAAGCACUGACGGCGUUGUCCACGAUCUCAAAACCGAAGACAAGGAGGAGAUCCUUGCCCUCCACAGUGAGAAAUUGGCGGUUGCGUUCGGACUCAUCUCCACCAAGAGCGGCAUUCCUCUGCUCGUUCUGAAGAACCUCAGAGUUUGCUCGGACUGUCACGGGGCCAUCAAGUUGAUAUCCAAGUUGAGAAGUCGGGUGAUCACCGUGAGGGACGCUAAUCGUUUCCAUCGCUUCCAGAGUGGAACCUGUUCUUGCGGAGACUACUGGUGACUUAAAGAGUUGGAACCC